AUGCGUGUUUUCAAAUUCACUAGCAUUGCACUUAUUCUGCCUUUUUUCAAGGCGAGGCACGGUUGUGCAGAUGUGACCCUUGAAGGGGAGUUCGAGUCUAAACUUGGUUACGAUGGCGAGCAAAUAGUUUAUAGUAAGAAACCCUUUAAAGGCAGCAUUUAUGCAUUUGCGCCUGUUAAGGGAAAGUGUGCAAUAAGCGUUCAGGAAAGCACGGAUGGAGUGGAAUGGGAAAAUAAUAGUAACAUCGAAGUGAAUCAUGAGUUUUCCGUGGCAAUUAUUUUUUCUGUGUUUACAACAGAUGAUAAGAUCAUGGUGAUUUUUAGAUGUUCUAACAUAUACUAUAUUGCGAAGAUGGGGGGAGAAAAAUUUUGGAAAAAUAUAGAACAAGUAACCUUUUCUGACUUCCCUGUGGAUGCAAUUCCGGCGGUGUACUCCGGGUCUUACUUACUUAUGAACAGCGAAUAUGAGAAAUUCAUUUUGGUAUGCGCGAGGGAGGACCCAAAUGGGAGCGAACAUGCCAGUGACGGCGAGGUGAAGGCGGUCCCCUUUUCAGAACUGCAGCUGUUGGGUAGAUGCAAAUUUUCGUUCGACGAGGGGCAGACAUGGACGGAGGGUGCAACUAGGAUGUACAGCGAUCAGUUGAGCAGUGAUGACCAGGGGGAGGAUAGUACAGAGUUCAGCCGCGAUAACGUGUGGGAGAGUGUUAAAGAGGUGAAUAUCUCAGCGGAGGAAGAGGUAAAGUUGGAGGACCAAGCCACGGAGAAAUCCCAACAAGGAGCAUCCCCAGGCAAGGCUAUCCACUUAAGUCUAACUCAAAUGGGAGGGAAGCUAGCCAUAAAAGCUGUAAAUGUUCUGAAUGAUAGUAACUCCACGAAGACAGUGAUACUCGUGUGCAACAGUCUGUACAAAAACGACCUCUACUGUGACAAGAUGAAGUUACAAAUUAAGGACGAGUACGUUUUGCACACAUACGCAAUGGUGAAUGGUUACCAUAUGGCCGUUCUGCGUGAAAAAAAUGGGACCCACUUGGUACCUUCAUUCGUUUACAACUUAAGCGAAACGUUUGAGCCGAUUCUUCAUUACAAGGAUGAGAAGGACAGGGAAGGCAAAAGUGAUGUAGACCCAGGAAGCGUAUUGGACAAAGCAGCAUACGAAUUUUUUCUGGACAAAGAAGAGAUGGUAUACCUAUUUUGUCACAAAGUAGGUGAAAAAACCAAAGUGAUAAAAAUAAACACCCCAAAGAGGAAGCCAGGGUGCGAAGUGCUCCCAGAUGGGGAAUCGAACAAGGGGUACUCUCAUACUUUUUCAAUUCAGAACAUGCAAGAUCAUCGCAUUUGUAAAAUGCCCACAUCAGAGCUUGGAACGACGAACGAUGGCUUGUUCAAAGUGUUCUACGUAACCUUGCCCAAAGGGGUAUCCCUAAAUGAUGAUUGCUUUACAUUUUCUUUUAGUAAAGAUCUGAAGAGUGAGUACCACACGACGGUGGUGAGGAAGACCAACGCUGGAAAUGCCACUCACGAAGGGGAAGUCCAGUUUUACUUCCCAUUGUACUACUCGAAAUUUUUGUACAACUAUAAAAAAACCUACUGCACGUUAAGCAAUGGGCUUAAAGUCGCUGUCGAGUUUGAUUACAUUAGAAACAUUCUGGACUUAAAUUAUGGCGACGAAAGUGAUGUCAUCAAAAUUAUUAGUAACGACAAUAUCCUGCAUCCUAAGAGGAGGUAUGUCCAGGAGAAAGGUGGAGAUAUAUUCCCCAUGGGGACUUAUGUAAACGCUUAUCUACCCUUUGAGAAAGAAUAUGUCAUUUCUAAUUUUGUCCCGAAGAGUGUAAAUGAGGCUACCACUAUGAUACUGCCCCAUGGGUCGAUGAGGAAGUUGCAUUUUGUACAGGGGGGUGAAGUACUGCCAUAUGAUGGCAUCGAUUUGUCCGAAGUCUCACCUAAUUAUAAAAAAUUGACCAAAGAUGAGCUGAACAGAAAAACAAUAGAUGUCAUCGUUUCCAACUUCAAAAGUGACGAAAAAAUUAUCGGAUUCGUUUGCCCCGUCAGUUCACCAGAUGAGGGGUUGACAUGCUUCGAUAAGGUGUACCUCCAGAAGGGGGUUCUCCACAACAUUGAAUUUGUCUUCGGCAGUAAUGACAUUUUUGUGAUCCCACAGAGGAGACUACUCCUGCCAGGUGGGAAGGAGGCCAUCGAGUCUCUGCUAUAUUUAAACAAACGCAACGUAGACAAACUGAAGAAGGAGAAACAUAUUAUUCAUUUUUUCUGUGAAUGUAACGGCAGUGAGGACACAGAAUCGGUGCGCGUAAAUUAUUACGUCUCGGCGCAUUACGACUCCGAAUUUGUUAAGGCACAAGUGGGAAAAGAUGGGGCAAGCGCCUUCAUUAAUGGGCACAUUAUGGCGCAAAGGGGGGAAGCGAGAAAAGUGGGUACACUUGACAAGAUGAACAAGAUAGCUGACUUGACCAGCUCUGACGCGGACGUUAAUCUGGACGAGGGUGUUCACAUGUUAGGGCAGAAUAUGCUGCUUAGCAUGCUGGGUGAUGGUAACUCACAGGGGGAUCGUCACGGUGUAAACGCUAACGUAUUGUACACCCUCAUCUGCACCUUUUUGGUACUUUUACUGUUGACCUUUUUGCAUCUAAGGUGGUUAAGUCAGAAGGGGUCUUAA